GAACCCGAAUUCUCACUCCAACCCAUAAUCUCACUCUCUCAUUCUAAAUAGAUAUGAAAGUAGCCAAAAAGCAUAGGAGCUGGACACAGCACCUCAAUCUUCUCACUCUCACAAAGUUGCUGUCGCCGACACUCUGCGUCUAUCAGCUCCUACGCCUUCACUGAUGUCGCAUCGUCUGUACCUCUGUCCGUGUCUAUCGCCUCCAUUUGCGCCCGCCUUCACUGCGUCUACCACCAGACCAGCUCCUGUGCCUUAACUGCGUCUCUCGUGCUCGUCGCCGCCUCCUCAUCUGGCGUCGCCACUCUCUGUUUCCCGUUGCUUCGUCUCCCUCUUCUCUGCCCAUAUUCUGUCUUCACAUCAUCAGAUAUGGCAAAGAAAAAUGCUCAAGAGUCCUACCAGCGGGUGCAGGAAGCCAAGGCGAAGUCCCGGGCUAGGUCUGGGGGUAAGGCGGUCGUCUCUCCUCCUCCUCUUCCUCCUCCUCCUAGGAAUGUGGGUACUCCGUCUCAACCUAUUGUUAUUUCCUCCUCCUCAAAUUUGGCUCGACCACUCCCUUCUGCCCAACCGUUCUCCGAGCCAGAGAGUAAGAAGCGCAAGACUUCAGAGUCUGGCCCUUCUUGGGAAGGUGGUGUUAGGGCGGAGGCUCUUGCCUUUGUCCGAAAGAACAUCUAUCCACUUAUCAAUAUGGAUGAUGUUUCUGUUCGGAAACACCUUGCCACUCUGGCCGAAGAAAGUUUUAGGGCGGCGGGAGUUUGUGGCAAACUUUUGGACAUGUUUGAGAAGACUCCUCUUAGCUCUCUGGGGACUUCCCCAAAGGUCGAGGAGCUGGAGGAGAGGCUUCUUAUGUUUGAAAAACAUCAGAAGGAGUUAAAGGAGGAGAGGGAUAAGUUGAGGAAGGAGAGAGACGACCUCCGGAAGAAGGAGAGCGAGCUGCGAGCCCAAUGUACUAUGGAGGUAAAUUUGAGGAAGGCGGCCCAGGAGAGUUACCAAAGCCUAUUUAAAGAUAUGGUGGAGGUGAAGAAGGAUUUGCUGAACUCUCGGACUGCUUAUGCUGACUUGGAGGACUCUAUCGCCGAUGGCGCCGAGGAGUCUUGGAGAAUUUUCCUAGAACAGGUCAGGGUUAUAGCCCCCGACUUGGAUCUUUCUCCAUUACAUCCUGACAAAGUGGUGAUUGAUGGCGCCAUUGUUGAUCCUCCUGUUCCCGAGGUCCUUUCAGAGUCAGACCUAAAGACUCGGGGGCAGAGGAUUAUAGAGUCUCCUCCUCCUUCCAAGGAUGAUCCGAGUCCUUCCACUCCUGCUCCGACUUCCUCUUUGGCUCCUCCUCCCGGUCCUGGUGACGUUCCUCCUGGUGGUGGUGAUUCCUCUGCAGCUUCCAAGAAAUGACUUCUUUUUAUUUUGUGGCUAUAUGGGGGCCCGGCCUGUGGGUCCCCCCUUUUUUUUGAACUUAUAUUUAUUUGUUGGUGGUGUUGAACGAUUUGCUUUUGGCCUUUUAAGGCCGUAAACAAAAUAUUCUGUUUGUUGCCCUUUUUUGGAUAAGGGUUUAAACAAAAUAAAUUCCCUUUUUUGGAUAAGGGUUUUCUAGUCAAAAUAAAUUCCCUUUUUUGGAUAAGGGUUUUCUAGUCAAAGUGGGUGCCCCUUUUUGGAUAGGGGUUUUAAGUUACUUUGCGCGUAUGCAUGCUUUUUUAUUUUGAUCUGUUUGAUCUUUUCGGAAAGCCUUUUGUUUGCUUGCAUUGUUUUCUUGAGCCUUCUUCGUGCGAAGGCCCGUGUGCAAACUUUAAACUUUCUCAGGCUCUCAUAUCUCUUUUGUUAUCCUUUUUACUCAGCUUUUGCUUUAGUGAGUUUUUAUGACUUAGGUUAUUUUUGCGAUGCGCUUUAUCUACUCGGAACUCGGUUUUCUUUUACUCGGAGUUCUGUCGAGUUUGCGUUACUCGGGGUUUCUUUCGACUUAAGAGUCGGACAAUUCCCGAGUUUAAUGCGAUCAACUCGUAUAACCUCUUUACACCGACUUGUACCUCGUCGUUUCAUCCUGACGACCAUGUUAGGUCGGUUCAUGGGAUUUUCACGCUUUGUCGAGCUUAAGUCGGCGCGUUUCGUAGAAAGACUUAUAUAAAAAUAGAGAAUGAUAUUUAAGAGAAAUAUAUUAAUGAAAAAGAUCUUUAUUAAUCGGGAAGGUACCUUUUUGCUACUAAGGGUCUUGACAGUAUAUUUCCCUUAGCCUCUACUAUGAUGCCUCAUUAAAAACCCCUCUCCAGAAAAAACCCUUUUUUGGAAAAAAAUCAUAAAGCUGGGAAAAGAGUACAUCAGGGAGUAGAGUUCGCUUCUAGCUGUAGUACCUUUUCAUAUUACAAGCAUGCCACGACCUUGGUAACUCAGUGCCAUCCAGGUCGGUUAUUUUAUAAUAACCUUUCCCUAACACUUCUUUGAUUUUGUAUGGCCCUUUCCAAUUGGCGGCGAGCUUUCCUUCCCCCGACUUGUUGACUCCAAUGUCGUUUCUGAUUAGGACCAAGUCGUCUACAGCAAAUGUUCUUCGAAUGACUUUUUUGUUGUAUCUGGUAGCCAUUCUUUGCUUUAAUGCUGCUUCUCUUAUCUGGGCGUUCUCUCGGACUUCGGGGAGCAAGUCGAGCUCCUCUUUGUGCCCCUGUACAUUUCCGACCUCAUCAUGGAGAAUUACCCUUGGGCUUUGCUCACUGAUUUCUAUAGGAAUCAUGGCUUCUACGCCGUACACUAGUCGAAAAGGUGUUUCUCCUGUGGCGGAUUGGGGAGUUGUCCUAUAAGCCCACAGUACUUGAGGGAGCUCUUCGGCCCAAGCUCCCUUUGCUUCCUGUAAUCUUUUCUUCAAACCUGCCAGUAUGACCUUGUUAGCUGCCUCGGCUUGCCCAUUGGCUUGUGGGUGUUCUACCGAGGUGAAUUGAUGCUUGAUUUUCAUGCUGGCUACCAGGUUUCUGAAGGUGGCGUCGGUGAAUUGGGUUCCAUUAUCUGUGGUGAUGGAAUAAGGUAUCCCAUACCUUGUGAUGAUGUUUUUGUAGAGGAACCUGCGACUUCUUUGAGCAGUGAUAGUGGCUAAUGGUUCUGCUUCUAUCCACUUUGUGAAGUAAUCUAUUCCCACGAUUAAGUAUUUAACUUGCCCUGGUGCUUGGGGAAAAGGACCUAACAGAUCCAUCCCCCAUUUUGCAAAGGGCCAGGGGGAAGUUAUACUAAUGAGCUCUUCUGGUGGGGCUACGUGGAAAUUUGCAUGCAUCUGGCAUGGUUGGCAUUUUUUCACAAAGUCGGUAGCAUCUUUCUGCAAGGUCGGCCAAUAGAAUCCUGCUCGGAUUACUUUUCUGGCUAGCGACCUUGCUCCGAGAUGAUUUCCGCAAAUCCCAUUGUGUACUUCUUCCAACACCUCGGUGGUUCUUGAGGUCGGUACGCACUUCAACAAUGGUGUUGAUAUUCCUCUUCUGUAAAGGACAUUUCUCACCAAAGUAUAAUGUUGUGCUUCCCUUCGGAUCUUUUUAGCCUCUUUCUCCUCUUUGGGGAGGAUGUCGAAUUUUAGGUAUUCGACUAAGGGAUUCAUCCAUCCGAGGUUUAGGCCGAGUACCUCAAGAACCUCUCGUUCAUCUUCUGCUUUUGAUACCGAGGGCUCUUGUAGGGUCUCUUGAAUCAGGCUUCUGUUGUUCCCUCCGGGUUUGGUACUUGCUAACUUGGACAGGGCGUCAGCUCUGCUAUUUAGAUCCCGAGUUAUGUGCUUGAUCUCAGUUUCCGUAAAGUGCCCAAGGUGUUCCAAGGUUUUUUCCAAGUAUUUCUUCAUAUUGGGGUCCUUUGCCUGAUAUUCCCCACUUAUUUGGGAAGUCACCACUUGUGAGUCGCUAUAGAUUGUCACCUUUGUGGCGCCAACUUCUUCUGCUAGCUUUAAUCCUGCAAU